CACCUAUUCACAUGCAAAUUAACCGACAUACAGGCUGCACACAGGGCACCCCCCCUCUCCGUGCGUUCUGCCGCAGGGAUCCCCCCGGCCAUCUGUCCCACUGACGGCCCUCUAACGGCUCUUUGGAUUAUACACCAACCAACCAACCUCCAGUCCAGUUGGCUCCUGGCAGCGCCUGGGUUAAACUCCACCAACAUGGCCCCCAUCAGCAGCAGCAGCACAAACGGCCAGGACAGAGUGGAUGACUGCAGUGGGGUCAGACCUGACAGAAAGAUAAGGAAACCUCUGGUUGAGAAAAAAAGAAGGGCUCGCAUCAAUGAAAGUUUACAAGAACUGCGAGUUCAUAUCGCCGACGAAGACUUACAAUCAAAGAUGGAGAAUGCCGAAGUGUUGGAGAUGACAGUGAAACGAGUGGAAAACAUUCUUCAGAGGCGGACUCAUGAGGCGGAGGUUUUAGACCGGGAGGCCUGUGAGCGGUUCGCUGCCGGUUACAUCCAGUGUAUGCACGACGUCCACACAUUUGUGUCCAACUGCCCAGGGAUUGACCCAACAGUGGCUGCGGAGCUGCUGAAACACCUUCUCGAAAGCAUGCCACUAAACAACCACGACUGCCACCGGGAUAUGCUCCGGGACACCGUCGCGGACAACCCCGGUACUUGGCCCCAGUUUGAGAGCAUUCACACAACCCUUGUGUCCCCGGCACCCUCUGUCACCUACAGCGAUGACCUCUGCUCUGACCUGGAGGAGACCGACUCAGAGCAAAGCCAGGUUUCUUCUUCAGAGGAGGCAGACGGCCAAGACAUAAUGCCUUGCAUAACUUGCUCUAAGGCUUUGUGGAGACCGUGGUAGACUAUUUAAAGCGGAGCAUGGUGUUUAUAGCCAAUGUAAUAGCUUGUUAGGCUCUGGGAUAGACCAACACUGCUGGAAAAGGCAUCAGAUAAACUAUUUGUAAAGAUAUUCUCAGUAAAAUAUAGUAAUUACAUAGUAAAAUAUGUAAUUAAAUAUUUUUGCAGAGCUUAGUGACCUUUUUCGGCCUGCUUUUAGUAAUGGGGUAUAUGCAUGAUGUAAAUAUGUACUUGUUCAAAAUAAUUGUUGUAUAGGAAGUAGACUCCACCAGAAAUGCACUGUCUCUGUCUGUGUGUGUAUAAAUUAUUUCCUGUUUAGAAUCUGUUAAACUAUUUAAACAUUUCAAUUGACUGUUAGUAGGC